UCAGAGAAUGUUUCAGCGACGAAAGAAUAAAUCGUCAUGACCUAACUUUGCCAUGGAGGCCCAUCUAUGACUUGUACAUCGACGUGGUCUAUAAACGCAAUGCCAGAUGUCUGGAUGGCGCUAACAUUCGUACAGCGGUUCUAUCUGCUAAAGAAUUAUUCCCACUUUCGGCAACACAAGAAAUUCUGGAUGAGAUUCGUCCCCUCAUUGACGUGUGGAAUGAUUAUGCGAUGGAGAAAUUCGUGAGUCUUUUUUCGGCGUUCGUGCCGCUAAAAAUGUCGCAUGCUGAACACGCGAAAUACGGCGCUGCACUGUGGUUCGAGGAAAUGUGGUAUUUUUAUAACUUCGUGGAAAUGAACAGUUCUUGGGAAACCCGCAUACAACACAUAUUUUCCGCGAUUACUGAAUACUGUCCGGGAUAUAUCGACUGGACGCCGAAACUGACGAUUAUUUUCUCGAAGCUGUUGCGGACUCUAAAUUUGAGUGUGCGUCGCAGCAAAGUUGCGGUUGGCGAUGGUGCUGGAAUGGGAUCCGAGACUUCUGGUGCUGAAUGGAUCGUUUGGAUGCUGGGAGGGGAGAACAAAAGCGCACAUGAAUGUUUCGAGCGACUGAUCGAAUGUGUGGAAUCGUAUCUACACCCGUUGCACGAAGGUGUUCAUACUCCGACGCUGCAGUCAUUCCUGGACUCACUUGUAGCCGAAAUGGUCGCACGUGUUCGCACCGAACGCGUGCGUAUGAAAACCAGGAAUAAGGUAGAUUGUGCUGUACUGUCAAAAAAGCUUCUGUACUGUUCAGUUCUUGCUGUAAAUCCUAAAAGAAAGCCGUCUUUUUACGUUUCCAAAAUUUUUUCUACCAUUCCACUGAUAAGCCACUGCUUGCUGUAAAA